GUAGGUGCUGUAUUACCUGUCAAAGGUCAAUUUUACCACUAAAAUWGGUGAAAGGGUGGUCUUUGAUGAGUCUGGAGACCCUGUGGCACAUUAUGCACUAAUAAACUGGCAAAUGGACAAAACAGGAUACAUUCAGUUCAAAACCAUUGGGUUUUUCGAUGGAUCUCAACCUGAAGGUCUGCAAUUUGAAAUGAAAUCAGAUCUGAAAGCCAUCUGGGCUGGAGAGAGUUAUGAUGUGCCGAGGACUGUUUGCAGUGAGAGCUGUUUGCCAGGGACUCRUCGAGCUUUCAUCAAGGGCAAACCUAUCUGCUGCUUUGAUUGCAUUGCCUGUGCUGAUGGAGAGUUCAGCAACAGCACAAAUGCAGUGACAUGUCACAAAUGUCCUCCWGAGUACAAGUCCAAUGAAGAGAGGAAUAACUGUGUCAUAAAAGCUACUGAGUUUCUCACCUUCACAGAAAUCUUGGGUAUAUUAUUUGUUAUUUUUUCUAGUUUUGGUGCUUGCUUGGCACUGAGCAUAGCCCUCAUAUUUUUCUACYACAGAACAACUCCAAUUGUUAGAGCUAACAACUCUGAAUUAAGUUUCCUGCUGCUGUUCUCUUUGACUCUAUGUUUCCUGUGCUCCCUAACCUUCAUCAGCCGACCCACUGAGUGGUCCUGCAUGCUGCGACACACUGCCUUUGGCAUCACMUUUGUCCUCUGUGUGUCCUGCAUUUUGGGGAAAACAACAGUGGUUUUAAUGGCCUUCCGGGCCACACUUCCAGGCAGUACUGUCAUGAAAUGGUUUGGGCCUACACAACAGAGAGUCAGUGUUUUAGCAUUCACUUUUAUACAGGUUUUGAUUUGCACACUUUGGCUUACAAUCAACCCACCUUAUCCACACAAAAACUCUGAAUAUUACAAAGAAAAAAUAAUACUAGAAUGUGCCCUGGGCUCAGCUGUAGGUUUUUGGGCAGUGUUGGGAUACAUYGGGAUUUUAGCUUUGUUAUGUUUUGGACUGGCAUUUUUGGCCCGAAAUCUCCCYGACAAUUUUAAUGAGGCUAAAUUUAUCACUUUUAGUAUGCUGACUUUCUGUGCAGUAUGGAUCACCUUUAUCCCAACAUAUGUGAGUUCUCCUGGUAAAUUCAGUGUUGCUGUAGAAAUAUUUGCUAUUCUGGCAUCAAGUUACGGGAUGCUGUGUUGUAUAUUUUUUCCAAAGUGCUACAUUAUUUUAUUGAAACCUGAGAACAAUACAAAAAAAUACUUGAUGGGUAAAGGAAACUUGGGAGCCUCUUGAAACGUUUCUAAAGAAAUGAAGAAACUGUUUGGGGUCUUUGUAUGUUAACCUCCAUAUAUAUUUGUGAAAUAAAUCAGGUAAAUUAUUCAUUCUGCCCUGUUCACAAAGCAUGUAUGCUUUAUUAUGUCAUUACAAUGUCAAAACAUCUUGGUUUUAAAGUGUUGAAUGCUUUUGUGAUAAAUAAAUACACACCAUCCUAAAUACA